AUGAAAAGUUAAAAUUCCAAAAUUCUAAUUCAAUACCUCAAGACUCAAGUUAAGAGAACUCAAAGAGUAUUGACAAUUUCUGAUACUGGAGACACCCCUCUCAUCUACCCUUCUCAAUUUUCUUUUAUCACCUCUCAAGAUCUAAUUUCAAGACGAAUUCAAGUGUAGAAUCUUAUAAAGUAUGCUACUCUCUCUUUAAGGUUUUUCUCGAUAAUAUUUGUUGCUUUUCGAAUUAUUGUUGUUUUUUUUAUGACAUAUUUGUUUGCGUUGUUUAAUUUGUUCCGUGCUUUUGUUAAGGUUUUCUUUGAUUUGUUAUAUUAUGUUUGGUUCAGAUGUUUGUUGAUUAUUCGGUCUUUAGUUUUUUUUUGAAUUUUUCUUGAAUUUUAAAAUUUUAGUUGAAUCCUUAGAUUUCAUGUUGACCCGAAAGUAGAAACUAUUAUGUUAUAUUUUUUUUAUUUAUGGCAGGAUCUUGGGGCCACUGACUAUUAAUACCUUGAUUGUGAAUAAAGCAGUAGCUCCGAUACCAUGUUAGAAAGUGAUGGAGGAAAUACAAGAACAAGAGAUUGAAAGAAAAGGAUUGAAUCUCAUUAAUUGAUUUGAAUGAUGUGCAGUACAAGGUACAUAUAGAACAUCUAACCAAGAGGAAGUUACAACAAACUAUUCAACAUCCUACACCUAAGCAUAACAGAAAGUAAUAGAACCUAUGAGAAAGAUACACAUGUUAUGGACCUAUAACAAACUCUUAACUAACUAAAUCAGAGGCUUGAGCAGAUUCUUGAAGAUGCUUCUUAUACAAUCAGCAGUUGUAGGCAGUAGUGUAGAGUAGUCCUGAAUAGAUGAAUGAUGAUACUUGUUUUGAGCUCUAGCUAUACUCAACAGCUCAUCUGGUUGAAUGAUGAAUAUAUGUGAGGUGUUAAAAAUUUAAACUUUGGUUUAUGCUCAUGAAGUAUCUUUCAAUGCACUCUCUUGCUGCGGCAACUUCUGAACUUUCAAUACAAACCCGCAAAAUCCCUUUUGAUUACUCUCAUUAUGUUUCUCUGCUUUCUUCUUGCAAAAAUUUGAGGUCCCUUUUCAGCAUUCAUGGCCAUCUAGUGAUCUUGGGCAUGACCCAUAUAAACUCAAUCCUUACCCAACUAAUAAAUACUUAUUCUUUAUUCCAAAAAUAUAAUUCUGCAAGGUUGGUUUUUGAUUCUGUACCAAACCCAGGUGUGAUUUUGUAUAAUUCUAUGAUUAGAGCUUAUUCUAGGUCAGGUCAAUAUGAUGAAGCAUUGAAACUGUUUCAUAAAAUGACUGAGAGAAAAUUAGAACCUGAUAAAUAUACUUACACUUUUGUGCUCAAGGCCUGUGCUGGAAUAUUUGAUUGUAAGGAGGGUAUUAAGGUUCAUAGUGAUGUAAUUAGGAGAAAUUUAGAGUUGGAUAUUUAUAUUUCUACAGGUUUGGUUGAUAUGUAUUGUAAAAUGGGUCAGCUUGAUCGUGCCCGGGAGGUGUUUGAUAAAAUGCCUAAAACAGAUAUUGUAUCUUGGAAUGCUAUAAUUGCAGGCAUUUCAGAGGAUGGAGAUCCUAAUGAAGCACUGGAUUUCGUCCGAGCAAUGCAAUUAGGUGGCAUUGAACCAAAUUCUGUUACCUUGUUAAACUUGUUUCCUUCUAUUUGCAAAUUGGAAAAUGUUGGGAUAUGUAGAUCAAUUCACGGUUUUGUUGCUAGGAGAGAUUUUCGGUCAAAAGUUUACAAUGGAUUGAUCGAUAUGUACUCUAAAUGUGGGUUUGUAGAGGAUGCUCGGCUUGUUUUUGAUCGGUUGCAAGGUAGGGAUCAUGUGUCGUGGGGAUCAAUGAUGGCUGGUUACGCUCAUAAUGGAUGUUUUUACGAGGUUUUGGAGUUAUUUGACAAGCUAAAAAGUAAAAAUGUAGUGAUGAAUAAGGUUUCUAUUGUUAGUUCCUCGGUAGCUGCCUCUGAGUUGAAAGAUUUAGAAAGAGGAAAGGAGAUUCAUAAAUGUGCAAUGCAAUGUUUUAUUGACUCAGAUGUUAUAGUUGCUACUUCUCUAAUGACAAUGUAUGUUAAAUGUGCAGAGUUAGAAAAUUCUAAUCAAGUUUUUAGGGGGCUUAAGGAAAAAGAUUUAGUUGCUUGGUCUGCCUUAAUUGCUGCACAUGUACAAAGUGGUUUUCCUAGAGAAGCUGCAUCUUUGUUUUGUGAGAUGGUGCAGGAGAAAUUGAAACCCAAUGGUGUAACUCUGUUGAGUAUGUUUCCAGCAUGCGUAGAGUUUUCAUCAGCAAAACCCGGAAAAAGUAUUCAUUGCUAUUGUCUUAAAUCUGGAAUGGAUUCAGAAAUUACAAUCCAAAAUGGCCUAAUUUCAAUGUAUGCUAAACGUGAGUUAUUCAAUCAGGCAAUGGCUAUUUUUCAUCGAAUGCCAUCCAAAAAUGUAGUUUCCUGGAAUUCGUUGAUUAGCGGGUUUGCUCAGAAUGGCGAUGCAUGUCAAGUGAUGAAAAUGUUCCAUGAAUUACUAUCAUCAUGCUUGAGACCUGAUUCUGAAACUAUGGUGGGUGUGAUCCCUGCGUGUGCGCUUUCUCAAGAUCUAGAAAAUGGGAUGUGUGUACAUGCCCUAACCAUUAAAUGUGGAUUUACUUCUGACUGCUACAUAAAGAAUGCUUUGGUUGACAUGUAUGCAAAGUGCAGCAGGUUAUGUUUGGCUGAGAAAAUUUUUAGCGAAACUGACUAUAUCAAAAAUGAGGUUUCUUGGAAUGCUAUAAUUUCCGGUUUUGUACAUAAUCGAAUGCCCAAAAAAGCUCUUGUAGCAUUUUGUCAAAUGAAAUCUAAAGGACAACGACCUUCUGCAAUUUCUAUGGUUAGUGUCCUUCCUGCAGCAGCAGAUUUAACUGCGCUCUCAGUUGGUAUGGCGCUCCAUGCGUGUAUCAUACGGAUGGGGUUUCAGUCCAAUACGCAUGUUAGUAAUAGUCUGAUUGAUAUGUACGCUAAAUGUGGGCGAUUUGAUUGUUCAGACCAAUAUUUUGAUGAAAUGAAAAACAAAGACACAGUGACAUGGAAUACAAUGCUUGCUGGGUAUGCAGUUCAUGGUCAUGCGUCAUGUGCUGUCGACCUUUUUUUGCAGUUGCAAAGAGAUAAAGUGGUGCUUGACUCGGUUACUUUCUUGAGUGUCUUGUGUGCGUGCAGACAUGGUGGUUUGGUAGAAGAAGCAAGAAGAAUAUUUAAUUCCAUGCAUGACGAGUUCCAUCUUGAACCUAAGUCGGAACACUAUGCUUGCAUGGUUGAUUUGUUGGGUCGUAAUGCUCUAUUUACUGAAAUCAUGAACCUCAUCGAUAUAAUGCCUAUGGAACCUGAUGCUGCUGUUUGGGGAGCUCUGUUGGGUGCAUGUAGAGUGCAUUCUAAUUCAGACUUGGCAGAAAUUGCAUUGAACAAGUUGGUAAAACUUGAGCCUGGAAACCCAGCACAUUAUGUUGGUCUAUCAAAUAUAUAUGCUCAAUCUGGUAGGUGGAUUGAAGCUGAAACCAUGAGGUUGAAACUAACUCAUACUAGGCUCAACAAACUUCCAGGGUAUAGUUGGGUGUAGGACUAGAAAAUAUAGCUUUUUAAAGCGGUUAGUUACAAUGGAAGCAUAUAAGAGAGAUUGAAAAAACCGAUGCGGUGCAAAUAUGCUGGUUGUUGGAAAAAACAAACCCACAUGUGAUUUCACAUCGAGUAGAUUUGGUUAUUAGAGUAUAUCUGGGUGUUACUUUGGAUUCGAGUAUGUAUAAAAGUUGUAGUUUGUAUGUUGGGGUUUAGUAUGUGUGUAGUAGAUUUGGAUAUGUAGACUAUUUUGGACUUUUAUAGUUGGUUGUAUGAGUAUUUUUGGAUUUUGGUUUAGACGCUUGAAUUUGAAAUUAAUUGUUAUAGUUAGGUUUUAGAUCUUGUGAUCCUUUUCACGAGCUAUGCUUUGAGAUUUUAAGUUCUUUGGGUUAGUAAACCCCGUGAUGACUAGUCUUGCUUAGUCAACGACUAAGUCGGGUUGUUACAACCAUUAAGUCCCUUUUCAUGUGUUUUUUUAAUUUUCUUUUCUUCCCUACUUAGUCAAUAGUUGCUCAUGUCAUAACUUGAUUAACUUUAGUUUCAUUCUUAUAUAUUUUAGUUCAUUUAAGGUGCAUUUUAUUGCAUUUCUCAAUUUUCUUUGUUUAUCUCUUUUCCCCUCUCGUACUUCACUCAUUCUCAUAGGGUCCUCGCCUCCUUGGCAUGCUUCGAUGGCGUAAGUGGGUCAAAGCAUCUUUUGGUGGAACGCAUAACCCAAUGCAAGCUAACCUUCCAAGAGCUUUCUAGAGCCAUAUACUAAAGUGCUUGUUCAAGGCACUUUUAAGUACCAAAUAGUCUAAGUGUUAGAAUUGAAGAAAAUCAGACAGUAGCUACUGGAAGCUUGUGCUCAUUCAAGCACUAUAGGUGCGCGUUCGAGCACUUCAUGAGCAUUUUAAAUCCAGUUUAAUUUAGUUUAUUAAAUGCUCUAAAACUUCUAUGUUCAUUUAUAGUUUUAGUUAGUUCUUUUUGUUGAUUAUGAAGAAAAAUUUAAGGAAAAGUAUUAUUCAUUCUCAUUAAUGUAACCAACUUCACUUACUACUUCAAGGAAGUAAGUUAUUAUGUAAUGUUUCCCUUGGUUUUAUGCUCUAAAACUACUUUAUUACAACUUUUUAGUCUUGUUUUUUCUUUGUUGUUUAAUGUUAAAAGAUGUUUUUUUUCACUUCUUAGUACUUCAUUAUGCUUAAUUAGUUUGUUUUUAUUUUCUGGUUUUAUGUCAUUAACCAAGAUUUGUGAGUAGUUCUUUAUUAGGAUUUAGGAUUAAGUAGCUAAUCAUUAUGGUAAAUGUGCCUGAGUUAGGAUUGUAGAUCUUGAAAUGUUGCUAGAAUAGUUGAGUUUAGUUCAUGAGCUAAGCCAAGGAGGUGCGCAAGUGUACUACUUUUUACUAAUCUUAGUUUUUUUUUUCUUAUAAUUUUUGAAAAUUUCUCUUAUCUUAGUUGAUGUUGUGAUUUUUACUUGAUGAUGUGCUUAGAUAUUGUUCUCAUAUUGAUGAUUGAGAAGCCAAGAAGCUUAAAACUACCAUUAGUUGCUUAUCCUCUAAAUAUAAAACGUUUGCAAAGCCUGAAUACUGUUCAUGGCAUCUCGAUGAACAGUGAUUUCACUGUUACGCAACUUUCCUUUUGCUUUCCUAUUUCACUGUUAGGCAACUUCUCUUUUCCAUUCCUACGAAUUACGAUUGUUUUGCUUCUCUAAAUUUUUCCAUGACAAUCAUCACUUUCUUCUCCUCUUCCAAAUCGUCCAUCAAAAUAAGAUCCUUGAUUAAGCAACUAUGGAAUUUGUGAGAAAGAACACAAAGAACACUUCGUCCUAAUUUCGUUUCAUUGUUUUGUUUUUGAUUUUAUUUUGAAACAAGGCAGUUACCAUCAAAGAACUUGCAAGUUCAUGCCUAAUCGUCUUCUUUCCAGUAAGCAAUUCCAUAGGCAUCCCGUAGAUGCUGAUAUCUGGGAUUUGGCUAUCAGUUGGUUGUGCGAACGGGUUGAUCCCAUUAAUGUUUUUAGAGUUCCUGUCAGUGACAAGGUCUGUGACAGAAUUUUCAUCAUUCUCAGCAUGAUAUUGUGGCCCUGAUGUCAUAUGAUUUUCUGUAAUUGCUUCAAUUAGCAUAGUUUAUUACUACUUUCUUUGGUGGUAGGUUUGGAUGGUACAAUAAGGUUAGACGUGAUUGUUUAUCACUGCAAUUGCUUCAAGGUAGUUUGCUUAAAUUGCUUAAAUUGCUUUAAUUAACAUUGUUUAUUAUAGUAAUUGCUUCAAAGUAGUUUGGAUCGUAUAGUAAGGUCAUAUUCAAUGGUAUAACACAAGGUUGUUGAUUUCUGUAAUUGCCUCAAUUAAAAUAGUUCAUUGCUUCAACUAACAUUGUUUAUUACUUUAUUCAAAAAGAACAUUGUUUACUACUCCUGUAUUUCUACAAUUGCUUCAAUUGCUUCAACAUUGUCUGCAUUUGUUUGGGUGGCAUAAUAAGGUUAGAUGCAAUGGUUUUAAAGUUUGGAUGCAUGCUGAACGUGAUAGAAAUUCAAGCAAAAACGUUUCAUUUUCUUGUUGAUUUAAUAUAGAUUUCAAGUUGACCCGAAACUAGAAACUAUUAUGUUAUAUUUUUUUUAUUUAUGGCAGGAUCUUGGGGCCACUGACUAUUAAUACCUUGAUUGUGAAUAAAGUAGAAGCUCAGGUACCAUGUUAAAAAGUGAUAGAGGAAAUACAAGAACAAGAGAUUGAAAGAAAAUGAUUGAAUCUCAUUAAUUGAUUUGAAUGAUGUGCAGUACAAGGUACAUAUAGAACAUCUAACCAAGAGGAAGUUACAACAAACUGUUCUACAUCCUACACCUAAGCAUAACAGAAAGUAAUAGAACCUAUGAGAAAGAUACACAUGUUAUGGACCUAUAACAAACUCUUAACUAACUAAAUCAGAGGCUUGAGCAGAUUCUUGAAGAUGCUUCUUAUACAAUCAGCAAUUUUAGGCAGUAGUGUAGAGUAGUCCUGAAUAGAUGAAUGAUGAUACUUGUUCUGAGCUCUAGCUAUACUCAACAGUUCAUCUGGUUUGAAUGAUAAAUAUAUGUGAGGUGUUAAAAAUUUAAACUUUGGUUGCAUGUCAUAUCUUUCUCUCUGUCGAUUGCCUUUUUUCUGUGUGUAGCAGUUUUGCAUUAUGUUUUCAUGUUUUUCUUAUGGUUCUACUCUUUUGACACAACUGCUAUCAAAAUAAUCAUCAGGUCAACUGAUCAGAUAAAGUCAAUGUUUCUUGUUUUGGCAUGGAAGGUAUAUAUUUCCCUAGCCUUCAUUUGUGAGUAUAUUUUUUCAUGGCAAUGAUGCAUGUUUGUAAUGUUUACAGUACUGCUUAAGGUUUGCAAUAUUCUAGCCUUCUGAAUCAUGGAUAAAUCAUUCCCAUUCUUAUGUUUUCAUAGUCUUUUGAAUUUGAUUUAUUAGAUGUCAAAUUGUUGCCCAUCAAGAAUGUUAUGGAGCUAGAAAUGUCUAGAGUCUCAAUUCAUGGGUAUUGCAGAGCAUGUGAACCAUCAGACAUAGAAUGUGAAUGCUGACUUGAAAAGUGUUGCUUUUUAAGAAGUUUUGAUUUUUGAUUUUUUCCGGUAGAGAUAACAAGUAUGGUUUUUCGGUGAAUCAUGUAAUAAUUGUGUUGCUUGUUGGUACUUGAUUUCUGAAUGAUUAGUGAUUUUGUGUAUAGUUAAUGAUUUAAAGUUUGUGCAUGUUGCUUAUUUUAAGUGAUUACCAUGAGAUGGAAGUUGAAGAGUCUUCCUGAUUAAUUUGGAACAAUUUUAGGUCACAGUUGUGUUUUAUGAAUUUAGAGUUGUUGAAGGAUUAAUCAGAGGGUUGAAAUUUCUUAAGGAGCUGUUUGGUUUUGAUUUUGGCAUUUCUGGAUAAUAGAAUAGAUCAUUCCAUCCGAGUUUUGUGUGUUUGUUUCAAAUUGUCUUUUGGUCUGAACUUAUGAUUCUUUGCUUAUCGUCAGUUAGAGAGCUUACUUUUCAGAUGAACUACUAUUUACUGGAGGAUUGCUUUAAAGAACACUAAGCAAGCAUUAUCCAAUCAGAAAUCAUCAACUGUUCCAGUAUUAUGUUUAGGCAAUUCUUCAUGUAGUGAUUUCGAAAUGCCCAAAAUUUCUUGGCCAUUCAUCACAAUCAUUCAGAUAAUUUGUUUUCAUCACUUAUUCUAGCAAUUCCAAGGGUCUUAUGUAGAUGAUCAACAACUUGAAGCGUCUGUUUUGCCACAUCUAAGGAUAACCAUGAUGUAGGUAGGUGGGCACAGAAAUUCUUGGCACAAAACACUAAAAGACCAGAUAAACUGCAAAACUUCAUCCUCACAAACUCCUCAAAUGUCAUUAUAGUUUCCCUCUUUGUUUCCACAACAUUGCCUUUUCUGGUAUUUUUUACUAAAUGUUUGUUGUUUCUUUUUUAUUGCUCUUUGUUUUGUUUCAAAAACUACUUUGAUUAUUGCCCUCACUUAUUUGUGUUGGUCGUUUGUUAAGUUUCUGAUUGAUUACAAGGUGAAGGCAACUGAUUGAUUACCACGAGAAGGCAGCAGCUUGUGCACAACACCAUCACAUCACUACACAACAUCCUUCAGCAGUACUAUCUUCAUACAAGCAGCACCAAUGCAUAAUACCACACAACAGUAGAAGCUUCCUCCUCUUUUUGGCCUUAUCUCAAGUAAGUGCCAUACUUCUCUUGGGGGUUUUCGAGAAUAAAUAACGCUUCUAGAAUUUUAAUCCAACCUGUAAAUGAUUUGAGACAAUCACGAAUGAUUUUUACCGGAGUUUUUAGACAUGUCCUCAAGAUCCUUAUCCUCUAACUAUAAAACAUUUGCAACACCAUAAUACUAUUCAUCAACAUCAUAAUGAAAAAUAUUUUUGCCAUGUAAGCAACUUUUUGAGGUGGCAACCAUGUCAGCAAACUUUUUCUUUCCCUUCUCAUUUCAACCUUCUCCUGAGUCCCUGACCUAGCUUCCUCAUUUCCUUUCUCCAUCCACCAUUUACUAAUCCCUUCUUGAUGCAACUGACUCUGGUGCUGCACCACCGCCAUCCUCUCCAUCACUACCCAAUGAUCGUCGUUUUCCUGUGGCCUUGCACUCUGAGUUCAUCGCUACAUUUUUUUUUUCUCUUUUUGGUUCAUCGGUUGAAGAUCAAAGGUAUUUUUUUUUUUAAAUUAUCCUUUUUUAAAGUCAAUGGGUAAAAUUCAUCCAUUAGAAAUAAAUAUAGAAGGAAUUUCCGAACCUGUUGCACAUUAGGGUUUUCUAUUUUUGAGUUCAAUUCAGUUUGAAGAUCUGAGUUCAUCAAUACAUUUUCUUGCUUCUUGGUUCAUCCGUUGAAGAUCUAAGGUACUUUUUUAUUUUCUUUUUUUAUCAUCUGAUUUUCAUUUUAGUAUGGAUUUUUCAUUUGACUGAUUUUCAUUUUAUUUUUACAUAUUUUUACAUUUUAUUUUCAGUUCAGUUUUGCUUUUCAUUUGAUUUUUCAUUUUAUUUUCAUUUUGAUUUUCAUUUUAGUUUCGAAAAGCAGAUGAUAAAAUGCAACUAAACUGAAAAUCCAGUUAAUGCUAUGUGAUUGAUUUUGCCAUUUCUUAUUUGAAGCUCAAAGGGGUUUAUACAAACAAUGGUUUCCUUAUGGUGUCCAGUAAUGGAGGCCUUAAACAAAUGAGAGCAGCACUUUAGGACGGUCAUUGGAACUUUAGCCGACUUCAAUCUUCUGCUUCCUAGAUGAGAAGUUACAAUCCAUGAAGAACAAUGUGUAGUCUUUUCAGUCAAAAUAAAUGCAAGCAACUACAUCAACCUUUAUUUUUGAUGAGAAGUCACCGCCCAUGAAGAACGUGUAGUUUGAGACUUUGUGACAGAGCUUUAUACAAGAUUCUGUUAGACAGAACCAAACAUUUGAAGGUUAGGAUCAUCUAUUCGAAGUUUGAAGCUUCUGCUGAACAUUCCAAAAUAUCUUUCUGUAGUGCAGGAAGCAUAGGGUAAAAAGAGUAAUCAAGGUUCCUGCUAUUAUUAACAAGCUGUCUAAGGUGUGUAUCAUGUAAAAAGACUAAUAACUGUCUAGCAAGGAUGAUCCUAGAGCUUAAAUGAAGUCGUGUUUGUUUCGUACAAAAACUCAUUAAUUUCCUAUUAAGAUCUUGUAGUAUAAAGUGGGUGGGAAACUGUCACUUAAAACUAAAAAGCAUUGAAUAGUUUCUAAAAUGAUUUGAAACUUGUAUGUGAAACAUUGCAGCCUGAUAGAGGUGCUUCUGUUCCAAAAUUUGGAGAAUGGGAUGAUACAGACCCAACAUCAGCAGAUGGGUUCACACACAUUUUCUAUGAUGAUUGAACAUUAUUACUAUUUUGGAUUGUGUGGUAUUGAAAAAUCAAUGGCAGAUUGUGUAGUAUUGUAGAAAGGGUGCUGAUUUCUGCAGCUGCUUAAUCAAUUUCAUACUCAGUGUUAUACACAAGUGUGCUGCAGCUGAAGUCUGCUGGUUUGGAUAGAUACCUGCACAGUGUUAUACACAAGUGUGCUGCUGUUUCAAACGUUACUGUCUGGUGUAUUGGUGUGACAGAUUCAGAGAUUCUUCAACUAAUGCUGACUAUUCUGAUGGGAGUGUGUAGAAGAGAAUCAAGAAUCAAAGAGGUAAAUAAACCAUGUACGCCUUCAUUGGAGGAUGUUGAUGUGUUGAUGGGUGAACUAUUGUUGCCCUGCUGUUGAAAUUUUUACUUGGUGAGGAAUGAAAAUGCAGGUUGUGUGUGAACUGCAGUUCUGCUGUCAACUGCUGGUACGUGCAACCUAAUUCUGUGGAGGCAAAUAA